GCUAGAACGCAGAGCACAUGCUGCAACAUCUUCUGUCUGAUCAGCAGUGGAACCUUGCUGUACACAAAACACUGAUGUUACCCAACAUUUCAGAAGAAGUUCUUAGAGGCGAGCUGCGGAAACACCGUCUGAAGGGACUGGUGGACAGUGACGGGAAAAUGAAUUUAAGACUGCCAAUGUUCCGCAGAAAGACACAAAACACUUUCCAAAAUGUCAGUAUUCAGGACAGCUGCCUGUGUGCUGAAAGCCUCAAAAGUGGCAACACGAGUUUGAAAUUAUGGUUAAAAAGUGUUUUUAACGGUGAUCCCAUUAUAAAUGAUGAACAGUAUCUUACAACAAUUUCCAGGUUUUGUGGUCCAGCCUCACAGUCCCCACUUCCUGUGCCCGACAACAUAAAACUUGUCGCUUUACCCGUAACACAAGAACACGCUGUGUGUAUGACAGGGAAGCUUUUCGAAGCCACAAUUCUUCAUGAGCACCACCUGUCUGUGCUGAAAGAUCCUCCACCCCGAGUGUGUCUCUGCGGUCCCCCCGGCACAGGGAAGACAAGAACCCUUGAGCUGAUCGGACGACGAUGGAUGUCUGAAGGUCAUGAUGUGCUUGUGAUCUCCUUGUACCAGACCAGUCUCGCAGCUUCUUCCAUGCUCUGUGAGAUUCUCAGCAGGAAGACAGAUAGAAGUCACAAGCAAGGAAGUCCUCGAGUAUCUCAGGGUCGUGUCGUCCCCAUGGCCUAUGACCCGAAACGAUAUAGCGUAAAAGACCUUGUCAGAGCACUGGAAGACAAGUUGCAACUGAAAGAAAAACUCUUCAUUCUCUGUGAUGAAGUGGAUAAUGAUGGAGACUUUACAUUCUUCAUGGAUUUCUGCGAAAAGCUUCAAAAAAAAGUCUCAGAUAUUAAUUUGUGGUUCUCCAGCUGUUUAACAGAGAAUAGUCCAAGGAACUGGCAAGUGAAAAUUCUGGCUUCCCCUAUAAGUUGUCCGCCAGCCAUUUUGAAAGAGAAACAGCUGUCAGAGGCUGCUGAAGUAUACAACUUAGCAAAGUGGAUUCCUGAGUCGCAUACACGGACGCCAACGGAGGGACCACCAGUCAAGUAUAUGUACCAUGGUGGGGAAGAGCACUCUGAAGGAAAUCCACAGGACUGUCAAGCCUGCGCCGAAGAAGCGAUUUGCUACCUUCAAACUUUAUUUACGAGAAAAGUGACUUUGACCUCAGAAUCUACUUCCACAAGCAUUGCACCUGGUUCACCUGCGUCUGAGCUUCGCCUUCAUGACAAGGACAUGAUGGUGUUGACUGAAUCUGAUGUGAAGGAGAAUGCGACCUUCUUCGAGCUGUUGAGAAAUUGUGGUUUCAAGACAAAGUUAAUAAAGUAUCCACAGACAGAUAGUAUUUUAAAAGACACAAGCCAAUGUGUCCUCAUAGCCAACGGGAAAUACGUUCAUGGCAUCAAAAGAAAAGUUGUGGUUUUCUUGGAAGCAAAGAAGAAACCCACAAAACCUUCAGACUACAUAAACAGAGUGCGCUGUGUAACCAGCUGCACUUCACAGCUUAUCUGGAUUAGGAUUUGAUAGAAACACAUUUUAUAGCAGUACACAAAUUAAAGCUAAUGUUUUCUAACAAUCUUAAAGGAUGUUGUAAUGAACACGUGACAUAGACCCCCAUUUGCUAUUUUUCACAGACCAUGUUUAAUUGUCAGUGGUAAUGCA